AUGCUUCUGGUGCAGCGGGCAGUGAGCUUCUCUGGAGGGGUUUGUCACCCCAGGCAGAUGUACUGCCCACAACGAGAGGAGGUUCUCGUGUGCCCAAAGCAAAAGCUUGUGGACAAGCACAUUUGUCCAUCGAACCUCCUGCAAGGCCAGGCAACCUGCCUACAGCUCCAAAACAUUUACGUGGAGUCCCUGCCAAGGGGGGAUCCACACACCUUGUGCAGCCCUGCCAUUCGAUACAGUGCCCCAGCUGGACGCGUCCAUGGGGACGACCUCCCUUCUGGUGACACUGCCCAGCUCUACACCAAGCCGAUUGCUUGGAAUGGUGACUUCUUCCUCAGAGGAGGAGGAGAGGUAGAGGACAAAGACCGUGAGGACGGCUUCCCUUGUGCGUCGUCUGCUCUCCCUUGCCACAAAGCCAUGGGGGAGGAUGCAGCCAUCUCUCUAAGAGACAUCUUCAAACAAGCAACGGAGGACCGGCUGACAAGUGCUAAGGAGCUGCCGUACUUUGACGGGGACUUCUGGCCCAACGUGCUGGAGGAGAGCAUCAAGGAGCUGGAGCAAGAGGAGGAAGAGCGCAAAAAAGAGGAGAACACAGCUACCUGUGAAGCUCCUGAAGGGAUCCCAGGAGACAGUAAAAACGCCAAGAAGAAGAACAACAAGAAGGCUAACAAGAAUAAAAGCAGUGUGAGUCGAGCCAAUAAGAAGAAGCCAGGAAUGCAGAAUGUAUCAAAUGAUUUGUCCCAGAAGCUUUAUGCAUCGAUGGAAAAGCACAAAGAGGUGUUUUUUGUGAUCCACCUCCAUUCAGGCCCAGUUAUCAACACGCUGCCCCCUAUCAUGGACCCAGACCCUCUAUUGACCUGUGACCUUAUGGAUGGACGAGACGCUUUCCUCACCCUGGCCCGGGACAAGCACUGGGAGUUCUCGUCUCUGCGCCGCUGCAAGUGGUCCUCCAUGUGCAUGCUGGUGGAGCUGCACAAUCAGGGCCAGGAUCGCUUUGUCUACACCUGCAACGAGUGCAAGCACCAUGUGGAGACGCGCUGGCACUGUACUGUGUGCGAGGACUAUGACCUCUGUGUCAGCUGCCACAACACUAAAGGACAUGAGCACAAGAUGGUCAAAUGGGGCCUGGGGCUGGAUGAUGAGAGCAAUCAGGGUGGGGAGGCAUCAAAGAGUCCCCAGGAGAGCCGACGCCUGAGCAUCCAGCGCUGCAUCCAGUCCCUGGUGCACGCCUGUCAGUGCCGCAACGCCAACUGCUCGCAGCCGUCCUGCCUGAAGAUGAAGAGGGUGGUUCAGCACACAAAGGGCUGCAAGCGCAAGACCAACGGAGGCUGCCCUGUUUGCAAGCAGCUCAUCGCUCUCUGCUGCUACCAUGCCAAGCACUGUCAGGAAAAUAAAUGCCCUGUGCCCUUCUGCCUCAACAUCAAACACAAGCUGCGGCAGCAGCAACUCCAGCACCGGCUGCAACAGGCGCAGAUGAUGCGAAGGAGGAUGGCCACCAUGCAGGGCAGAGGGAUGCCUCAGAGCCUGCCCUCACCUACUCAAGCCACUACAGCGCCCCCCACAAGCCAGCAGCAACCCACCACCCCACCCACUCCCCAGCCCACUGUCUCGCAGCCACAGACGCCUGUAGGCGGCAUGCCCUCAGCUUUCCCUACCACCCCACGUGGCACCCAGUCAUCUACCCCCAUCUCUCAGGGCAAGCCAGGGAUGCAGACAUCUCCUCUUCAGCAGCCGCCGCCACCAUCACCACUCCCCACUCCCCCGCAGCAGCAACAGCAGCCACAACCACAACCACCAGCAGCAGCUGUGGAGGCAGCCCGACAGAUCGAGCGUGAGGCCCAGCAGCAGCAACAGCUGUUCCGGGGGAACAGCAUCAAUUGCCUUCCCCUGGGCCGCACAGGGAUGGUGGGGCCAAUGCAGACGGCCAUGACUAUGGCCCGUGCAGCCCCUGUGAUGCCCAGCAUGCAGCCUGGGCAGUGGCCUCCACCCCCAGCCCCACAGGGACCUAUGCAGACACCCCAGCAGCAACAGAUACCACAGGUCCCUCAGCCUCAAAUUCCUCCCCCUCAGUCACAAGGCCCACAGCCUACACCGCUCUCCUCUCCCUUGCAGCGGUCCCUUAUGCAACCACAACCACCCAGGAUGCCUGGAGUGGGCCAGCCUCAGGGACAGCUACAGAUGCAGACACCCCAGAGAGUUGGGCCAGGCAGCAUCCCUCCGACCGCCCUCCAGGACUUGUUGCUCACCCUCAAGUCUCCCAGCUCGCCACAGCAGCAGCAACAAGUCCUGAACAUUCUCAAAUCGAACCCCCAGCUCAUGGCGGCCUUCAUUAAGCAGCGGACAGCCAAAUAUCAGGCCAGCCAGCCUCAACAGCAGCAGCCUCCGCCUGGUAUACAUGGAGGGCAGCCAGGCAUGCAAAACCUUACUCCCAUGCAGGCAGCAGCUGGGCAGAGACCGAUCAUGGCUCCACAACAGCAGCAGCAGCCUGCCCAGCAUGGAAUGGGUGGCCUGGGUGCCCAGGGACAGCUAAUGAACCCUGGGCACAACCCUAACAUGAACCCCCAGUACCAGAUGUUCCGUCGGCAAUUGCUGCAGCAGCAGCAGCAGCAACAACAACAACAACAAGUAUCAAUGGCCCAAGUGCACGGCCAGUUCCCCCAGGCACAGCAGGGCUCAGCAGCCAGCUACUCGCAAGCCAUGCAGCAACAACGCAUGCAGCAAUACCUGGCGAAACAAAACAGUGGCGGCCCCAUGGGCCAGCUACCCUCUAUGGGACAAAUGGUGCAGCCAGGUCUGGGUCCAGAUGGAACUUCGAAACUCCAGCAAGCCCUGCAGCAGCGGAUACUCCAGCAGCAGGCGUUGAAACAGCAACUUGGCUCCCCUGCUCAGCAGAAUCCCAUGAGCCCCCAGAAGCAUCUGCUCCCAGGACAACCCCAAGGUGCGCACCUCCCUGGCCAGCAGAUGGCAACAUCCCUCGGCAACCAGGUGCGCUCCCCAGCGCCUGUGCAAUCUCCCCGCCCCCAGUCACAGCCGCCACAUUCCAGUCCCUCCCCACGAAUACAGCCUUCUCCCCACCAUGUCUCCCCGCAAACAGGCUCCCCUCACCCUGGUCUUGCAGCCCCCAUGGCAAAUGCCAUGGAUCAGGGACACUUGGGCACGCCAGAGCAGAGUGCCAUGCUUCCGCAGCUAAACAACCCCAACAGAAGUGCUCUGUCCAGCGACUUGGGUUUGGUGGGAGACACAACAGGGGACACGUUGGAGAAGUUUGUAGAGGGCUUGUAGCAUUAUGAGACAAACACACUGUCUCACUGCAGGCUUUUCUUUUCUCAAUGAACUUUUUGUACUGAAAUGUAAAGUUUAAAAGAAAAAAACUGAUUGGGAAAUGUUAAGGUUUCCUAAACCAUGGACUGCUAUUUCUUCCUACAAGUCGGGGGAUUAAAAAUUGCUGUUGAACGAAAGAUUAUUUACAAAGAGUAUAUUUUUUGGUUAAGGCCAGAUAAAAAUGACAAUUCUGGUAUUUUUGUUUUUAUUUUGUUUUGCUUUUUUGGACAGAAAGGACUCGUGCCUAUGUUUUUGUUGUGUGUGUG